AUGAGGUUCAAAAAGCCUCUUUUGCUGCUUUUCGCAGCAGUUUGCAAGAGUAGCUUGAUAAGUCGAGAUAUCUGCGCAAGAUGCAACAAUCUUUCCCAGACGUCCAGAAGUCUUACGAUGAGAGAAGUUCGAAACGCGGAAAUUGAUGACCUCUAUCACGUCUUUCUUUUGACAGAAAAUGUGGACCGCCCUUUUGCUCGUUUUGGGCGCUCGCCUUCUUAUGGCUUGGAUUAUUAUACUGAUGCAGAGUUGAGCAGAAUGGUUUGGGAAAAUCCGCGUUAUCCUUAUGACGAGGAUUUCGAAGUUCUAGUCGUUGCGGACGAAAAUGGAAACUCAGUUUGCAAUGCUGAAGAAAAUCAAUCUUCUAGUCCCUUGCUUUGCUACAACGGCGAGGAUAAAAAUGCAAUUUCAAAGCUAGCUUUUUUGAUAUCAUCAAAGCCUUUUCUCGAGCAAAACAGGCCUUACUCAAUUUCUCCUUUCAAAAUCACCGAACUUCAUUCUCCAGAAUGGGAUCGAAUUCCAGCAGAAUUCACUCAAAUUGGUAAUGCUCAGUAUCUCCAACGCUUUUCGCAGCUAAAUGUAAAAGAAGAUAUCCUUGGUGUUUUAUCGGAAGCCUGCCAGGCUGAAGACAGAGGUCAUCAAACAGCAGAACUCGUCGAGCAACUCAAAGUUGCUUCGCCAGGCGAAAUCGAAGCAGCCGCCAACGCCGCGCACUCUGUUUGCAAUGACAAAAACGACCUUGACGGAGAAAAACUUCUCUUUGACGCGUUAAUCUUUUGCAGACUGGACAAAUGUUUAUCUCAAGCUGUGAAACUUCAGCGAACUAAUGGAUACGCUGGCUUUCCAGAUCUACUCAUGAACAGUCUUUUCAUCACUCCACAAACAGGGGAGAACAGUCUUUCAACUUUGAAGAAUUUCUACGAAUUCGCAAAGAACAGCUUUUCCCGAGACAUCGAAAAACUGCUCCUAGGGAAGCUUAUUCACGAGUUUUGUCAAUUCAAUUCGAAUUGCCGGGCGACAAAUGCUGUGAAAAACGCCGUUGAACUUCUUGAGAGGGGAAUUUCUACAUAUUGUGAUGCAGAAGAAGAUCUAAUCUACCUAAAAGCGCUUGGAAAUGGAGGCGUUUUCAACGACAUUACAGUCAUAACAGAGCGCUGCGCGUUCAGUGAUGACGAAGAAAUCAGCUCGACAGCGAUUGAUGCUCUUCGACGAACAGAGUGCACGGAAGCACGAUUCGAGUUCCUGACUGGAAUCAUGGAAGAGAUCGACCACCUUGCUCCGGAGCGGCGGCAAAUGGCCCUACUCGCGCUGUGGGAAUGUCCUUCUAUCGAACUAAGAGACUUUUUGAUCCAAGCGAGUAUCGAGGAAGAAAGCUCGGACAUGCUCAAUUUGAUGAAAACCCUGCAACUGGAUCACAUGAACUUGAUGGGAGCGAACAUGUCUGACUUUGCAGCGCUCCUCACUGGAAACAGCUUCGUCUACAAAAACGAUGUUAUCAAGAUUGAGAAGCUUAAUCAUCCGGGCUCCAUUAUUCUGAGACGACUGAACAUCGAUAUGAACAAGUUUGUUACUUUUGCGUAUUUAUACGUGAGUGGGGCGAACUUUCUAUCCACCCAAGAAAUGGUCAAAAUAGAUGAAGGGAAAUUCGGCAGCUUGGAAAUGCGCAUCAGAGCGGUCAAUUUGGAGAAUGAAAUCAUCAAGAUCUUCGACCCAAGGGCAAAGAACAACGAUGUCGAGGGAGAUUAUGUUGCAGAAACCCUUGGACUCAAUCAAAAGCCACAAUUGAAGCUCGACUUCCGACUCAGAGGCAGUGACGUUUUCAGCAUUGAAAUCGAUGAUAUCAAGGCGUUCUUUGCUCAAAUUUCUGAAGAUUACGAACGAACGAUGAACUUGUCCCUUUUUGAGAAAGUAAAGGUGGCUUUCGGAUACACAGACGUUGGAAUCUUCAAAUACUUGAAAAAUGAUGCCUUUGAUUUUCAACGUUCUUUUCUCGUUCACCAAGAAAAUGAGCAGGGUGAAAAUUCAAACGACCCUCUUCGUCUAGAGACAGUGUCAAGAGAGACGGCAUUUGAAACAUUACGGCUCAAAAGCUCUCUCUCCCUUGAUAAAAAUUGGGAGUUCGUUCUGAAAGGAAUUUUAAAAAGCGAGUUGGAAGAAAAAGAAACACUUGCAAAUGAAUUUAUCCGUCGGCGUAGAAACUCAGACGUGUCCCACUUUGAAAUUGCCUUUGGAAGUCAGGGAUGGCGACUAAAAGCAAACGAUGGAACUGGACUCGAAUACAGCAACGUCGGUGGAUUCAGUUUCAAAGUAAAUGGCGAUGGAGCUCACGCUACUUUUGUAUAUUCUGAAUCAACUGGAGAAUUUAUUAUAACAACUGCUGGAUUUUUGGCUCCAAAUGAGCAGGUCUUCUCUCUGCGCUCUGUUGAUGGGGAACUCAGAGGAUCAUUCAGUCAACCAUACGGUGAAGAUGUCGAGUUCAAAAUUUUCGAUCAGAUUCCAGAGUCGGAAAGAACGAUUUUCAACAUGAAGCCAACCAUUGAGGCCCAUGACAACGCAACACGUGCUUAUUUGGCCCUAGAAAAGACUGAAAAUCUUGCCGAGAUUCUGGCCUUUAUGACGUUCAAGAAAUCUCCUGACAAUCCAAUGGCCGGUCCUCCUGCUGACAUGAAAUAUUUGAAUCAAACUUUGGCGAUCAUGGAUGGUCGAUACGAAGAAGAGGAGAUUAUAACUAGUUUUGUUAACGUAAAACUCUCGCGAACGGUAGAAAUCGGCAACGCGGAAGGAGAAAUAAAGUUUAUCCUCGACCUCGGAGACAAUUUUCAAGUGCUUUUAGACACUGGAGUGGGAAUUCAAGAUGAUAAGGCAAAUGUUUUCUUUCAUGGCGACGCUGGUGAACUUGGCAAAGUUGAUUUCUUGGUUGACUCAAACUGGCGAUCGGGAAAAGACUCGACCAAAUAUCAACUAAAAAUCAGCCAGUUUGAAAUCCAAUCUGACUUCGUCCAACUUCGAUUCGAUAAAGGAAAAAUGGCAUUUCAACAAAAUCACGUGCAAAAGUCCAAAUGCCCGGCAGAAAUGGGAGGAUUCGUCGGAUCUCAACGGGAAGUCGAAGGAACUUUUGACUUCAAAUUCGAUCUCAUGGGAAAAACAGAACUUCUGGACAUGGCGUUCUAUUUAAACAUGGCCGAUGAUUAUUCAAAAUCCGCAGCGGGAAUAAGGCUCAAUCUGGUGCCUUCUUAUCUUCGACUUUUUGCCACUAAGUACCAACUUGUGACUUAUUACCAACUCACUCCUGAAAAAAUGAUUGGCCGACUGGAUGGGAAAAAGGAAGGCGAACAUGAGAUCGACAUCAAAGGUCAAAUUCUAGCGACGCCCGAGCAACUCCAAUUCGAAGCGCUUUACAAAUGGAAAUUCUACGCUGAGUCGACUAAAUAUGGUCUUCGAAGCACAUGGCAAGUCAAGAACCCAAGAAACCUGUUUAUCAGCUUCGAGCCGAUUAUGAACGAUGAGAGCUACCCAGUUUCAUUCAGAUUCGUGGACAAGUCGGCAAAACGAGUAGAUUACUAUAUUGACGUCUCGCAAGACGUAGAAGCUCUAUCAUUAGAUUUUCCAAGUCGAGUUCGUCUCCAAUUGAAGGAGCCUACCGACGGCCAUUACAAAGCUGUUGCUCUUUUGAACGGCCCUGGAGAGAAAAAUCAGGAAAGCUACAGUGUGGAUCUCUACGCCCAGAAAAAACGAACAGGCUUUGCGCUGAAGCAAUCGAAAGAGUUCUUCCUGAGCUGGGAAAAUUCGACUGACGUACGAACACAAACACUUUUCGCGAUCAAAUCAAGUGAUGAAAAUUAUCUAAAAACAUCAGCUGGUUAUUCAAAGAUAAAUAGUCUUGGUGCAAAAAAAUGCAGUUUGACAUUUGUCUCUGAUUUUAAACCGGAAGCUGGGGAGACAUGGAGGAGAAGCGCUCAGUUGAACAUCAAAAACGAAUGCGUCAGGGAUCCGAUGGUGGAUCAAAUCAUCGGCAAAAACUCGGGAUUCAAAUUCUACGCCGCGGAGAACAACAAGAGACUGACAAGCUAUCUUGAGCUCGCCAAGAAGGGAAUGGAAGAGAAUCAACUUCAACGAAUAACGGCUGGUCUCCUUGUUGAUCCCAAAGCAUCGACUAUUGCCCUUCAAGUUUCUUUGGAUCUGAAUGAAGACUUGAAGAAAAAGUUUAAAAUCGCGGGACGAAAGUUUACUGAUACAGGCUCCGUUAUUGUCAAAGUCUCCGAAGUACGUGAGCCAGAAGACAUCGUUCUCGGCGAAAUUUCGUAUCUCGUCAAACCAGAAGAGUAUGAAUUCAGCAUCGAAAUUCCAGAAGAAACAGCAAUGGAACAACAAUUCCAGAUGGGAAUCCUCAGUGUCAAUGAUGCCCUAACUAAACUCAAUUUCGUUUAUGUUCCCAAUCGGGAGAAAUUCGAAGCAAAAUUGGCUACAACGGAGUUGCAACGAGAGUGGAAAGAUGAUGGAACAUCAAACGAGCAGCAAGUGGACUUCAAUUUAAGAUUCACUGUUCCGAAUGGAUUAAAACCAGCAGAAGACGGCCUCGUUGCGAUAAUAGAGGAAACAAUUGAUGGAAACUCUAUAGCUAAUUCUCUGAAGAUAAUUGUUGAUGAGGAGCGAAAAUCAUUAUCGGUUGUCGAAUCGAAUAAUGAUUUUUCUUUGGAAAUAUCUGUUGUUGAUUUCAAUUCAGAAAAUGACAUAAAAUCUGAAAUUUAUGAUGCCACAGGCGCUUUACUGGACGGAAAAAGCUUGCUCGAAGUAAAAUGGUACAAAGAAGAAAGUUUAACUUGCAACCGAACUGAUUAUUUCCGAAUAUCAGCUGGGAAAAUAGUCAACAUUUACGAAAAUUUGAUGGGUUUUGAAGAAUCGGAGAAUAUUUACCCUGGAUUUUUCGCACAAAUGAUGGGUACCAGCGACUCUCUUCCUGAUUACGAGUUUAUGAUAACAAAGACUGCAGGUAUUUUUGAAGCUCAUUUCUAUGGGCCAAAACCGAUUCCUCGAGAACUAUUGGACUUUACGUUGGAAUCUGCUCUCUGUUUCACAUACGAUGAAUACGAUGAAUACGGAGAACGGAUUAACGAUAAAUACGGAAACUCGUUCUUGAAAUUCAAAAAUGUUGAUGAUCUUACAAGCAUUUGGUGGAGUAUACACGAUUUAGAGACCCUGUUUAUCGAUUAUCUACCAGAGGAAGUGGCGGUAGUCGAGCAUCUGAUCAUGUAUGAAAACGAAAUCGAAAUCAAGAAAGAUGGUCAUAAAACGACGGUCGAACACACUUUGCCUGAAAAAAAUCAAGUACUCGCGGAAAUAGAAAUGUCUUUCCAUCAAAACGGACUCCAAGAUUUUUACAUUUCCGGUAAAAAGCCUGCAAUCGAAGAUGAAAGUCUCUGUUUGGAAAAAUCAACUUCAAUUUUUUGCUACCCAUCACAGUCAAUUUACUUGGAUUCCUCAAACAUGAAGGAUUUCAUUACAAAUUUCGACAAAGAAUCUUCUCUAACCAUCGAUCAUAAGUUCCUUGAAAGAUCAGAAAAUUUGAGAAUCCGAGGAGUCAUCAACAAAGUCGACUUGAAUUUGAGACUUGAGGAAAUUUAUGAAGCGCCUGAGCAGAAUAAGAAUCUUACCGUCAUUUUCAGCAUUGAAAAGAUCGGUUUGGACAUUGGUCGCGGUCUCGUUGAGUCCAGCCCCAUCACAAAACUUGUCUUAGUCUGUGAUGUCUAUGAGACCUCUCCGGAAGCUCAACUAAUGGGACUAGAACAGCGACAUGCUAGACUCACUCUAGGGGGUGAACUUGACGAUAACUCGAUUUUGCUGCACGGCUCUGUUGUCAGCUUUAUUCAAUCGCAAGAGUUUACUGCUCUGUCGUUCAAAAUUCACGGUCUUCUUGAUCUCCCCUCCUCGUUUUCUUCCAUCAAUUCGCGCGCAAAUCUGUUGAUCGACAUUGAAGAAAGAGGACGUCAGCUUGUUCUUUUCGACAUGAAGAAUGAAUUGAGAUCCUCCGCUGGUCGUGGCGAUUUCUCAUCGCAAGUCGAGGUCGAAGCCUAUGAGCUUCUGAACCAAACGACUGUCGAUCUCCUUGUCAAUUUUGGUGAUCCAAGCGGCUCAACUGGGCUGAUCUUUGGCUACGACGGCGAAUACAAAAUCGACACAGAUUGGCGGGUCGACAUCAGCCGCAACGAUGCUAGUAUUCGCGCGAUCGAAUUCAAGCUCAAUCCACUCCUGGAAGUCCGCAGCGAUCGUGCAGAAGAACCAAUGGUCGACUUGAAAAUGAACCUCGAAGUGGAGCCGGAGUACAAAACCGCGACUUUGAACGAGUUCUUAAUGUUGAUCGACAACGAUGUUUUCUAUGAAUUCGAAGUAACUCACGCGAAUUUCCGAAUGAACGAAAAUCACAUGGAACUUGUCGCCGAAAUGUUCCACAACAUCGAUUUCCUGCACUAUCAAAUGGCGAUUUUGCCGCACACGAGAAUCGACGCCUUCGCUGAUUUCCCCGAGCAUGAGGCUUUCAAAGCAACAGCAAUCGUCCAAGGCGCAGAAGGAAAACAUGAACAAAUUUACCUCGUUCAUGAUUUGAGCCUUACAUGCGAUUACAAACUCGGCGGUCUUCAUGAUUUCUACGGAAAAGGGGCAUUCAAAGCAGCCAGUCCAACUCUUCCGGAAGAAAUCUCUUUCGACGUCGUUUCUGAUCUUGAUGCUGGAAUCAACGUCAAGGCCGGCUACAACAUUACAAUAGGAAAUGAAGAAGAGAACAAGUUUCUUCUUGGCGCGAGAUUCGGAGAGCUCGUCUUUGAUUACUCAAAAGAUGGAGAUUUGAAGACAAAGGUCGACCUUGCUGAAGGAAGCGUUUAUCUUGACGGACACGUGAGCUUCGGCGAGAGUGGUUUCAGUGGAAUCUCGCUUGCUUUAGACUUCUUUGGGAAGGAUUUUGAAGUGCUCUUGAAUACAUCGGAGUCUUAUUUAAGCUCGGAAGUCUUCGUCAGUCACGAAGAAAAAGAAUAUGUCAGGCUGAGCUACGACUUUGAAAACAAUCACAAAGAAGGACUUGUGAUAAACAUCCGCGAAAUGAAAAACAAAAUAAUCAUCGACCAAGAUUGGCAAAAUAGCCGCCUUUCAUGGACCCUGGAUACUCACGGUCCCGAUCAUAAGUUCCAAAAUACUGGAGAAUUCAACAAGCCCUACAGAGUCACUUCUGAAACAAUUCUUUCUGGAUUCGGACUUGAAGACGAGCAUAAAUUGACUCUCUCAGGCGAUAUUAUCGAGGAGCAGUCACCUGGAGAGGAAAAAUACACGCUGAAAACAAGCGGCGAAUACAACGAAUACAAAGCAUCUCUCGCCCUAGGCGGCGCCCUACGCUACACAACGGAUGAUUAUUAUGGACAAACCUACCAUGCUUUUGACCAGCUAAUAGGAGGAAGUGCCUUAAUCGAGUGGUCGAUGCCUAGUUUGGAGAAAUUCCACUUUUUCUCGACCGAAGCCAGUGUCGAUCUCAGCGGCCGAGUCGGUGGCGGACUCGAAGUGGAAGUCAAUGACAAUGAGCCGAUCAAACUCGAUGUCCGCUUCGUUGGUUUAGAAGAAGGAGCUACUUUUGGAAUCGAAUCCAAACUCAGUGGAAUCAUGCAACAUGUAGAUCCAGAGAUCAUUGAGAAGUUCAUGCUCGCCAGGUCUUCUGUUGACAUCGUUGUUUCAUUGGACUGGAGUCUUCAUACUUACUCCUUGACUGUAACUCCCGAUGGCCAGGAAUACCAUUUCAGAGGCUCGUACGAGCGAGACGGAUUAACGAUUUACUUCACUCAGCCGAAUCAAAUCAAAAACGUGCCUACUUGGGGCUCAAUUCAUUGCGAGGGAAGCGAGUCUGAUGAUGAGUUCUAUUUCAUUUGCAAUGCCAAGGCUCUUGUCAACGAUGUAAGUCGAGAAUUGAACACAAAGUUCUCCAACAUCGCCACUUCCAACGCUGUUUACGAGUUCACCAGCAAUGUUGCCGAAUUAGACGUUUUGUACAACGACGAAAUCCACGGACCAGAAAAGUGGUCGUUCAGACAAGAAAAGAAAUCUGACGGAUUUUUGUCGAUGAUUUCGUCGCAUUCGAACAAUAAAGGGACGAAUAGCAGAAAGAUUGUCGUCCUUGAUACAGAAGAACGCGCCGUUAUCGAGCUAAAAGCUCUUGAUGAGCCAAAAAAUUCUGACAAGUCGCGACUUCAGUUGACUUUUAACUUGGACAAAAACACUCGCGAAGCAAAACUCUCCAUCGACCGACCUGGUAACGCGGAAGGACUUGAAACCUACAGCUUCAUCUUUCCUUCUGUUACUGACAGUGCUCGAGAACUGUUCAAUGGAAAUGGAAGCCGUCAAUAUGAUUCGAACAUCCGAUUGAUCAUUUCUGGGGAUGAAACUGAGGAGGGCUCUAUUUUCAAGUUUGGCUUGAAAAUCGGCAAACAUGACUACACCGUCAACGUCCGUCAUUUUGCAAAGCGAAACGAGCUGCCAAACGUUCUCGUUUUCGGAUCUGAAAGCUUCUUGGAACUGGCUGGAUCGAAAAUUCCAAUUCAAGGCACAUUUGUCGAGCUUUACAAGGAUCUCGGCCAAACUGGAGUGCGAUUUACUCUCAAUGAAUGUCUCGCAAAGCUGAUCAGAAAAUACAUUAUUGAAAAAACAGACAUCGUUGAUGAGAUUCGCUUCUUUUUCUACGACAAUGAGUGGUUUUUUGGUGAUUUUGCCGGACAAGUGGACAAAAUUUCGAGAGAUCUUGAAAUCGAGCAGCUUUUUUCCUCCCUUCAACAGAUGAAUCCAGUUUCAAUGAUCGACGAAAUGGCUGAUUCCGCUGGUCAAAUUUUGCCUUCAGAACUCGGUCUGAAAGCACGAAUAAAAUCGCUAAUCAACAGUUUAUUUUUUGUUGGCGAUUCGGAGAUGUUCAUCGGUCUUCCAAUCAACAUUCCCGACCAAAUGCCGAAAGACUUCGACUUGUCCGCGGCGAUUCUCGCUUCAGGACCUGUUCAAUUCGCUGGAAAAUUGUCGGAUGUUGACUAUUGGGUUGAUAUUUGGUUCCAUAUCAGAGCUUUUAUCGCCAAAGAAAGAUCUCCAUUUUCCGGACGAGCCUGGCUCGUGGAAAACAGAUACGUCCAUACUUUCGACGGUGGAGAUGGAAUUCUCGAUUCCGGAUCUUCGUAUCAAACAGACUACCUCUACAAUCGAGAAAUGAAGCUCUUGCCAACAGCAAUCGGGGAAUUCGAGACGAUUAUGGGAGUUGUUCACGGACAAUUCGAGCUGGCGAAAGUAACUGAGCUUAUCCUUCCUUGGAAGAUGUUUGGAAAUGUCGCGGGUUCUUUCGGUCGAAUGUCGCGAGAAAUCGCCGAUGAUUUCCUGGUGAUCAACAAACGCGUCAAUUCUUCAAGCGAAGCCUGCCCAGUUGAAGAACUCCGACCGCGAAAUGCUCGAAGAUCCCUUCGACCUUGCCUUCCAAUCGUUGACAUUGAACCCAUCCGAAAUAUGAUUCUCGAGGAAGACUGCGGAAAAAUUUCUUCCUGUUCGAUUUUGAAGUAUUAUUUGAGAAGAUGCGCUGCUGAAGGCAUUUUAAUCGAAGAACCACAAUGCAGCUGA